UCACACCGCCACGCAACGCUAAUAAAUAAGCGCCCACCAGCGCACUCCACAGUUCGCCCCUCGCUGUGAUAGCAAGCGUAGACAUUCCUCCGUGGGGUGAGAGAUAAGCAACUUCCCCCGUUCCACGCGAUGGAUGGACGCCGUCCGUUGAUGUGAUCGAUAAUGGGCAGUUUGCGCUGUACCUUCCGACUGAACGGAUGGCGUUUCGUGUAGAAGAUAUUCGCGAGUUCGCUGCCGGUACGCUACCGUUGUUCCCUCGGACCUGAAACAGUGUGGUAGGCGGUGGCUUGAAUCAGUGCGUUAUCUAAUCAAUCGGCUGGACACUUCUUCCCGGUGUGCUUUCAUCGUCAAACCAAACGUACCUCUACCAUAUGAAGUGUCUGUCCACUAGCUCGUGCCUUGUUGUUUAACAAAAGUGUCGGUGAUCAUCAUCAUCAUCACACACGCAUACGACCGCGGCGAAGAUGCAUCCGCUUCGUCCACCGGUUCCUCCCAAGCCGAGGCUCGCAGGUUUGGGUCAGAGCCGUGAUUUGCGUGACAGUGGUAUUUCCGUUUCGGACGACACGUCCGCAUCGAUGGAUUCGCUCAAGCGGGCGGACACAGUCUCCACGCCGGGCACACCGAGUGCCGUGCGUCAAUUAGCGAGCCGGUUCGAAACGAUCGCACUGCGUCAGAGCAGCCCCAAUCUGCAGCGAACCGGCGGCGAUGGGACGGACACGCCGUCAGCAACUCGUAAACACGUAACCACCAAACCGAUGAUACAGAAGCUGCAGACGAAGGUGGAAAGCACGCUGCUCGUAGGCCCAAAGCCUCAGCUAUACCCGAUCCUGGCUACUGCGCACGAUCGUACCAAGCUAUCGCAGCGAGCGAGCGCCAUCGCCGAAAGGAUAUACGAUACCGUGUACGAAAGAACCCAUACGAAGCAUCCCAAUCACGAGCCUGUCGAGACGGUCUACGAAGAGUUAGAUGAUCCCAGCUUAACCGAUGGCUAUUCCUCGUUUGAGUCAUCCAGCGAUGAUGAACAUGAAGCACUGUCCGUGCAAAACAGCUACUACACGAUCGCACCGGAUCUGGAGGAACCAUCCGUGUAUGAUACCAUCACCCCCGAGGACCACAUCCUCAAAGUGAUCACCGAGCUGAUCGAGAAGGAACAGAAGUACAUCGAAACGCUUGAUCAGGGCAUCCGCAACUAUGUGCCCGCCAUGUACUCACAAACACUUCCAACCGCAUUGCGCGGUCUGCGAAACAUUCUCUUCAUAAAUCUGGAAGAAAUCCUUCGCACACACCGGGACCAUCUGCUGCCCGAUCUGGAGCGUGCGGCCAAUCUGUCAUCCACGUCCUCGACCGACAGCGGCCGAAAGGCGGAAAAGAUUGCGGAAGUGUUUCUCAGCUACAUCGAGAACGAACGGUUCUACUGCUACGUACAGUUUGCGAUGCAUCAAGCUAACUCGGAAGCGGUCCGUUUGCGGUACAACGAUUACUUCCUGAAGAUUCAACACGAUCUGGGCGAUAUGCUAGGUUUGAACAGUUUACUGCUGCAUCCGAUUCAGCGGUUGCCACGGUACAAGCUGCUGCUGAACGAGAUGGUAAAGGACCUGCUGAAGGAUGGCGAUGGAAAGCGUACGAUGAGCCGCCGGACGGCGUUACUGUGCAAGGUGGACAAGCGGCUCAGCAUACUGAUCGAUCGCGUUAAUCAGGCGAUCAAUGUGCACGACAUUCGCCAGUGUAGCGGAGGUCAGAUGACAACACACUCCAGCUUGAAGCACGGUUCGGACAUACCGCUCACACUCAUCCUUCAGCCGGAAGGCAAUCGGAAUCCUGCCCGAGACACACCUAUAAAUCUCCUCUACCAGGGCAAGUUUCAGCGCCUGUUCGUUGUCGACAUCUACGACACAAACGUGCGCCGGAAGUACAGCGGAAAGGUGUUUGCGUUCGAAAAGUUGCUCCUGUACGUGGAGGUGUACCGCGAACGGCUGGAGUACCGAGGGCACUUUGCUGACAGUGAGGUGUGCUACCUGGAGGAAGGUAAAAACCGGCUCAUCCUAUACGCCGGCGCUCGCGGUACGCAUGAAAUCACCGUACAGUCGGACACAGUCACGGAGCUUCAACCGCUGGUAGCGAUAGUGCAGGCGAUGACAAAGGCUGUGAUAUACGACACGGUGGAGAUGGAUGAGCGUACCACCUCACAUAGCUUGGAGGACGCGGAAGAAGAUGAUGAGCAGGAUCUGCCGACGGUCAACGAGGCGGAUGAUACUUGGGAUGAGCAAAAACUCACAGCGUCCCUGAUUGAGGCGCAACAGCAGUUCAUCGAGGUGCUGAUAGCAAACCGACAGUUCUAUCUGGACACGCUCAGCGCGGAGGUAAAGUCAAAGUUGACAUCGUUCAUUAGUGCUUUCGAAGCCAUUUUGGAACUCCAUCAAAGGAUACGGCAGGAUCUUGCCCAACCGCUUAUGGAUCCGAAUAAAAUAUGUGGCUGCUUCGAUCGCUACUUAAAGACUGACAUGUUCGAUCCGUACUUUGAUUAUCUGCGCGAGUUUCGGAAGGCUACCAAAUGGAUACAGCACUGCCAGACACCUUCGAACUUUAACAAUCGUGUCGCCUCCACUGUGAAGCAGUUCACGUUCCUUUGCAUCGAACAUCUGCAGGAGUAUAGCCGCUUCUUUAACGUACUCAUCGUCAAAUACUCGGAGAACAGUUCACUCAACAUCCCUAUCGAUAAGGAGCUAUUCCAGCGGCUAGCGUACGUGUUGGUACAUCUGAACGCGUACCGAAAUAACCUGGCAGUGAACUACGAACUGUUCCUGAUCGAUGAACACGCGUCGGCGUGCGGAAUGGUGUACCACAAUGAGCGUGUCACGAUCAGCAAUCCACCACACGCGGCCGAUGCCGGACCGUGCCGGCUGUUUGUGUGUGAAAGGGCCGCCAUCUGUGUGAAGGUGCAGGACGUCACGGAGCGCGAUCAGCCGGUCGAACGGUUCGUGCGGGUACUGUUCACAGACCGCUUUCAGGGUCGUGGCGUUCCGAUGCGUAUGCGCAAAAGCAAACGGCAACUGCAGCGGCUAAACUUUGUGAUCGAUGGCUUUAAGUUUCGGAUCGAUUUCGACAGCGCCCGCGCUCAGAGCACGUUCUACAAUAGCUACGUAAACCGGUACAUCAUGAUAUGAUAUUUUUGCUUAACCAUGUUUUA